AUGGCAAACGCAGCUCCUUCCGUCAUAGGGUUCGUUCAUGGGUCAAAGAACUUGUUUCCACCCAAAUCCAUGAAAGAGACCAGAAAAAUGAUCGAAGAACUGUGUAUCGACAUUAAUUUCGGCCACAAGGUCGAAGAGUUGGAUAAGUUCGUCGGUGGCAACAAUACCGCCAUUUUAUUCACCUGUACUCCUCUCAAAGCAACGACUGAAGAUGAACGAAUCUACUGCGUGUUACGUACUUCCCUAGACAAUCAUCUUAGAGGAAACCCUCCUGUCGAUGUCUGUAUGAAGUCGGAAGUAGCCACCACUCAUUACUUCCGCCACAAGAGGAAUUUACCAAUUCCACUCGUUCUAGCAUGGGACUGUACCUAUCAUAAUAGCAUCAAAUGUCCAUAUUCUCUUUUAGAACAAGUCAAAGGAGAAACACUGGAAUAUCAGUAUUUCAAGCUGAAUUAUGGUUUGCAAAACAACACUCCCCGCGACGCCCGCGUGGAACGUCGAUGCUUAUACGCGAGAUGCGUUGCAGAUUUUGUGGCUGCGAUGGACCAAACUGAACUUCCGGGAUAUGGAUUCUUCGUCGCUCCGGCCAAGAUGCCACAAAAGGGUAGCAAAGUAGAAGUCUAUUUCCAGCUAAGUCGAGAUUCCAUCGAUGGUAUUAGGAUUCCCUCGGAGCUUAAUUUUCCUAAUUGGGUCAACAAUAAUCUGAAUGCUCAGAUGCAGAGAGCUUCUGAUAUUUUUCUCAAGGUGCCGCUAGUAGAAGUUUGGAAGAUUCAAAAACUCAGACAGAUAGGCUCGCAGAUGGCAGAAAAGGGGUUGUUGACAGACCAACCGGCCGUAUUAUGGCACGCAGACUUCUACCCAAGGAAUAUCUUGGUCAAGAGUCCUAAGGGUCGUGCAAUACUCACUGGAGUUAUAGAUUGGGAUGAAGCCAGGGCAGUAAGUCAUUUUUCUCACUCACAUAUAUCCCAACCUCUUCUUGAGAUUUUAGACUAA